AUCAAUAUAAAUAUCAUAUCACUUUGUUGCUUUCCAAAAAUAACAAAAAUGGAUCAUCUAAUCUCUCCUCUUUCUCCAACAAAUAGGUGGUGGUCGGAAGAAACAACAGCGGUGGUGACCGGAGCAAACAAAGGUAUAGGCUUUGCGGUGGUGAAGAGGUUAUUAGAGCUUGGACUAACUGUCGUUUUAACCGCCCGAAACGCCGAAAAUGGAAUCCAAGCCGCCGAUUCCCUCCGCCUCACUGGCUUUAGAAACGUUCAUUUUUGCUGCCUCGACAUCUCCGAUCCUUCUUCCAUCGCGGCCUUCGCCUCCUGGUUCCGUCACAACUUCGGCGUACUCGACAUUCUGGUGAACAAUGCGGCCGUUUCAUUUAACGCGGUAGGCGAGAAUUUAAUCAAAGAGCCAGAGACAAUUAUCAAGACCAAUUUCUACGGUGCCAAGCUUUUAACCGAGGCGCUUUUGCCGUUGUUUCGGCGUUCCGUCUCCGUUAGCCGCAUCCUUAACAUGAGUUCAAGGCUUGGCACAUUAAAUAAACUGAGAAGCCCUAGUAUAAGACGAAUCCUAGAGAGUGAAGACCUUACCAAUGAACAAAUCGAUGCGACGGUGACUCAAUUUCUGCAGGACGUGAAAAGCGGGACUUGGGAGAAGCAAGGAUGGCCAGAGAAUUGGCCGGACUACGCAAUCUCAAAGAUGGCCUUAAACGCGUACUCUAGGGUUUUGGCUCGACGUUACGACGGCAAAAAACUAAGUGUGAAUUGUUUAUGCCCUGGUUUCACUCGUACUUCUAUGACCGGUGGUCAGGGGACUCACACGGCGGAUGAGGCUGCUGCCACUGUAGCCAAGUUGGUGUUGGUUCCUCCGGAGAAGCUGACUUCCGGAAAGUUCUAUAUAUGCUUAGAGCCUAAGAAAAUUAUUGCCAAGUUGUGACUCAAUCAUAGCUUUCUUCACAUACACGCAUAAUUGUUAGAUAAAUGAUAUGCUUCGUG